AUGCACGCGGCAAGCUUCCUCGCUAUCCUCACCUCCACGAGCGCCGGCUUCGUUUCGGCCAACCCGGUCCUGGGCAGCGAGGACCCCAAGGCUGUCCAGCUCGAGCGGCGCGCAUGGCCGUUCACGCGGAGACCGACGACGCCCGCCGUGGCGCAGCAACCGACAACGCCCCCCGCAAAGUGCCCCAGCUUCUGGUCCAUCAGGGGUUCCUUCCAGCCGACGAGCGACGGGCACUGCUGCGUGCCGGGCGACAAGGACGCCAUAAAUUGCUGCAUGCUCACCGCCACCACCCACCUGCCCAGCGCCGAGUCCGAGCUCCCUUGCAGCAACGCCUACUUCAGCAAGCCCCAGUUCUACCAGCAGUUGGAGGCGUGCAAUACCGGCAAGCAGGCCGACUUCCUGUGCAGGGCGAACCGGGUCCCGGAAAUGCCCGAGGUUAAGGCCAAGUACGCUCCCAAUGGCCGCAUUAACCAGUUUGGCCACUCAGGAACCAAAAAGCAGCACCCUGGAAAGUCGCGGCUCGGGCAAUAUCCCAACGGUAACCCUGCUCCUGCCGCCGGACAGACGUUUUUGGAGCAAGGAGUAUAA